ACUUGAAACAUGACAUGACGAUUUUUGUUUCAAUUCUUCGUUAUCUAAAUUUGGUUCUGAGUAAAUCGAAGUUGUAUAUAAGCAGGGAAAUUGCUGCGGGUACAUUAUACUGGUUACAAUCGGUUGCGUAUUGAAGAACCAAGUGGAAUUCGUGAUUCUAGUACUCUCUGAGGUAAGAUUUCCUUCUUUCAUGGUCAGCGAGUAUUCACCACUUUCCUAAUGAGCGUUUUUUUCAUAAUGAUUGUUUAGAAGAAUGAAGUGAAGUGUUUUUCUUACUCAUAAAGUGUGAGUUACUUGAAAUGAAUUACAAGGGCACUAUCUGAUGAAAAAGGCUGUGGCUUGACACAUUUGACAGUGCAAAAUUUACCUUGAAGAUUGUAUAUAUAAGAAGAUCUAAAUACCCUCAGCGAGGUGAAUAAUUUUUACCGUUCGUGGACUUACAAAUGAUAUGUGUCUUUACGUACGUUAUGUUUGUUGUGUUUUACAGCAAUUAAAGGAAAGUGCCUCUUGAACCUGUGGCAAUGCUGGCAGUUAAAGAUAUUGCGUCCUUUUCAAUCAUCUUUGGGCUACUAGUGGGUGCAUUUUCCAGUAAAGCCUCUCAUCUCGGUAUGUAAAGCAAAAGCUAAAAAUAUUUUAUAAGUUUAGGAUCAUAAAUGUGUAUAGAUUCUAUUUCCUCGUUUUACUAGAGAGGGAAACCUGUAGAGGUAAAAUUUUUUAUCAAAAUCUUACUAAGAAGCCUAAUAGAGUCCUGAUAUGAUUUUUAUGAAAUGAUAUCUCACUGGAGUCAUGUUGAUUUUAAGGCUCAAGUUACAUCUCAAGUUACACCCCCAGUGCAGCAAAAUUGUCACUCCGAUAAUUUUCUCGAUCAGUUACGAGCUUUUCCGCCUCCCUUCGGCCAAAGUCCCUUAGGACUACCAAUUACUCAGGACUUUUGUUUGACGCUUAGUGGAAAGUUGACCCGGAACAAUGGGCUAUUUCUUGAUACAUAAUUAUGGACAAUCUACGUUUAAAACACUGAUUGAAAUUUUCCUCCCGGUGCUUUUAUUGCCACAACAUCGGUUAACCUUUUUUUUCCUUUGAGGAACUGAGGGAGACGCUGGGCCCAUCAGGCAAAGAAAGACUUGGUCGCCACGGUCAGCACCAUAUUUCGUUAGGAACAAACGUCCAGAGGGUCUCCCUAAUACUCAUCGGGGACAGGAAAUUCAGCAAUUACUUCCUGAGGAACCUCAAGGAACUCCGCCUUACUUCGUCUCGCUGUUUGAUCCGGAGAGGAACAUCCCCUUCUACUCUGCCUACAAAGUGACUCCACAACAGGCGCCUUUCAUUGGAAAACUCCACAGGAAAGAUGCGAAAGGGUGGUGGAGGAAUCCUCCUGGUAAUCCUUUUAUGUCUGUAUUUUAAUUUUGGAUCACCAUUUUUUUCAAGAAGGCGCUACUGAGAAAAGUCGAACCUGUGAUCCUUUUUUGGUAUCUAUGUAAAAGGUUUUGCAGCAGUAAUUUUGGGUGAGACUUAAGUAAAUUUUUUUCUGAUCAGACGCUUUUCUCUCUUCUUAGGUGUUCCUGGCUUAUAUGGCGCGUACAGGAAACUGACCCGACGAGAGCCUCUUAGCAAGGGCCACAUGAAUCCCGCAGCCAUAAAUACAUUCGAUAUAAACAGUUUAGAGGCAACAUUCACCCUCACCAAUGCGGUGCCACAAUAUAUUGCAUCUAACAGCGGACCUUGGGAGAUUUUCGAAGCGAACAUUCGCCGCUACGCUAAGGAGACCUGUGGAAGUCGUGCUCGCAAUGGAACUUUGUAUCUAUUGACCGGAACCUCCGAAUAUGACAUGGAAGGAAUCAUUGCAGACAAUGGGAACGUCAACGUAUUCCAUUCUGAAGUCUUCCUUGACGAUGUAAAACUUGCGAUCCCCCGUGCACUAUGGACUGCAGGGUGCUGUGUGUGGAGGGAUUCCAACCAUACAAAAGACAACCGAGCAGAGUCCUUUGCAGUCAUGACCAACAAUGCGAAGGAUUCCAACUGCCUAAACCAGACUGAAAUGAGUGUUUCGCAAGUGGAGAAACACCUUACUCCAAGAGGUUGGCCAUUGGUGAAUCUAUUCCCUGGGGAGGAAAGUUGCCGACACACCGAGAAUGAUGUUAGACUGUAAUAAUCCGAAACAUUAAUGGAUGUUGUACUCUUUGUUAAUGUAAUAGCUAUUUUGCAUUGUGUCUCUGUAAUUAUGCCAUUGCUCCGGGAACGAUUCUCUAAAUAUGAUUUACGCAAGUAAGCAAAGAGUAUUGUCAGAGAAACUGUUUAUUAUUCGGUAAUUUCAUGACCACGUCGUUUACAUUUGUCGAUAUGUUUGAGAGAAACGAGGUCGAGAGAAAAGCGAGUAAGCUAACUGGCAGGUAAUCCCGCAUUUAAGCUCAGCGUUCAGUGAUUAAAAGUUAAGCUCUUUCGGUAAUCAAUCUUAAACGCAGGUUUCAGAAAGAAGGUGGAUUUUUUUAAGUCAAGUUAAAGUAAAAAAAAAAAUUGAAAACUCCGCAACAACAUUUUGAUUCCACUUAUGUCGACAUAAAGUCAGAUAAUUUAAUCAUUCAUAAUGUUCUUGUCAGUAAAGGACUCUUGUGUUUUAUAUAAUAAACAAAAUGAUAUGG